AUGGAGAUUAAGGCACUCCAUGACCUUUUGGGUCUGAAGCCCAAUUCCAUCCCGCAAGAUGUCUCUGACGUUUGGGAUAACCUUACUGUGACCAAAGCUAUUGGAGCCUUUGUGGCCCUGAUCAUUAUUGUGCCGAGUCUGUUUGGGUUCUUAAAAAAGCUGUUUUCUCCCAUCUUUUCCAUUCCCGGCCCUCUCAUCAACAAGUUCAGUCCAUGGCCAUUAGAGAUUGCCACGUUCAAAGGGAAGAGUCACCAAUUUGCUCGUGAUCUACAUGAGAAAUAUGGCCCUAUCGUGGUUCUUGCUCCUGGUAUGAUCUCCGUUGGUGAUGCCAAAGAGAUCAAACGCAUCAUUCAGACGGAGGACUGGGUCAAGUCGGAAGCCAUCUAUGGUAAUUUCAGACAAGACCCAAAUCGGCCAACGCUACUUGCCUUUACGGAGAAGAAGGCCUAUUCCAGACGAAAGCGUAUGCUGUCUUCCAUGUUUGGCAUCAAGUAUAUCCGAGGCCUCGAGCCUCUCAUGAGAACUUGCGUCAAUGCAGGUGUUGCCCAUCUCAACAGACUUUGCGACAACCCGUCUAACAGCGCUGUCGUCAAUCUUCAACACUUUAUCCAUGGAUUGGCUAUUGACAUCAUUGGUGUCACUACCUUCAGCGGCAGUUUUCAUGUGCUUGAGAAUGGAAGUCACCCUCUCCCCUCUAGGUUGAAGGCAGGCAUGAGGAUCUCUGGAGUAAUGCAAGUCGUUCCAUGGAUCAAAUACAUCCCUUUCAUCCCCAAGCGGGACCCAUACAUUGAGAACUUCACAUUCGACAUCGUCGAUAAGCGUCGUAAGGAGUCUGGAGCCGUCAAACAUCAAGACCUCCUACAGCAUCUUGUAGAUGUUAGCAAUGAUUCUCCCAAGUCCGAGUUCCGCACUUCAGACGUCCAAGAUGAGAGUGUCAUUCUUCUGGCCGCCGGAAGCGAGACCACUGCCAAUGCUGAACUCUUCACUGUCUUGCAACUCCUCAAGCAUCCAGAUGUCAUGAAGAAGCUGGUAGAAGAGGUCGACAAAUGGUACCCUCCUAGCGAGCCGGACCGCGAGACAGAAUGCGCCUACUCGCAGACUGGCAUGACCUAUCUUCAAGCCUGUAUUGACGAAACCAUGCGUCUCAUUCCUGGUCAGGCCACUGGGAGUCCCCGUCAGGCAUCCAAGACGGAAAGCGUACUCGGAUAUCGUAUCCCCAAAGGAACCACUGUUUUCCCCAACACUCAAGAGGCUCACCUCGACCGCAAUAAUUGGCAGCAGCCAGAACGGUAUAUCCCAGAGAGAUGGCUGGAUAUCUACUCUCAAAAUCAGGCCUCAUCCGUACCGUAUUACCCUUUCUCCAAAGGAUCGAGAAUUUGUGUCGGUAAGGAUUUCGCUUUCCAAGAGAUGCACCUUUCUCUUGCGACGCUCCUACGGAAAUUCACUUUUCAGUACAUUCCCGGCCAGGACGAGACAACCGUUUUUCGCAUUGCGCAGCAGUUGCCAACGGAUUGCUAUAAUGUUAAAGUGAAGAAAAGAUUUACUUGA